GCAAAGUUUUAGCGUCGCUACUACUCGUGGCGUGCCUACAACUUAGCCGGAUCUAUUACGCGCACUUUUCGCGACGACGUUUCAACCUUCUUUUUUUUCCGUUUCCUAAGUGACCAGGUGAUUAAAACGUGUCUCGGCUAUUUUUCGGUGUUCGUCUCUUCUCCUAUCGUGACGACAGGCAAAAAAAAAAAGAUCCGUGUGCGUUUGCGGUUUCUCGAUUGUACUGGCGUGCCUUCCAUAACCUCCAAAUUGCCUAUCUCCUGUCAACGAUUGCGCGCCAAUCCUCGACAUUUUUGUAAAUUGACACGUGUGGGAAGAAAGGAACCGGCUGAUAACGACAACGUUCAUUUUCGCGCGCGUUUAGUGAUCUUUGAAGAAAUUAGAGGUUAAGGACGUGGUGUGUCAGCCGAGAAAAGUGAAGUGUGUGUGCCUCAGAAGUGUGACUCGUUCUGGGAAGGUGUUCCCUCGUGUUUUUCUCGACAGAUACCUUUUGGAUUUUAUUUACACGUGUGGAUAUUUUCCUCUGACGCUACAAGUUUUGCCUACCGCUCGAUUCGGUAGGUUAGUAGAGCAUUCUUGAGUACUGUGUGAAACGUCUUAAGAAUAUCGAGGAAUUUUAAAUCCACGAACAGACACGAUGAUGAUGGCUAAUCUCCCCCCCGUCAUGUUGCCGACCCUCCACGAUUAUGGGGUAUUGACGCCCACUCUCGGAAUAAAGAGAGGAAGCGACGAACUUCUAUCGCAAAGCGGCGCGGUCAGUAAUGGCGCAGCAAUGAGUCCUCAACCACAUCAUGCUGCUGACAACAACAAUGAUGCCAAGAAGGCCAAACUCGACAAAACUCACAGUGGAAAGCCAUCGAAGGUUAUACACAUCAGAAACAUACCCAAUGAAGUAUCGGAGACUGAAAUUAUUCACUUGGGCAUUCCAUUUGGUCGAGUUACCAACGUCCUCGUCCUCAAGGGCAAAAAUCAGGCUUUCUUGGAAAUGGCAGACGAAAGCGCCGCGAUUACAAUGGUGUCAUUCUAUGGAUCCAGUGUUGCUCAGUUGAGAGGCAGAGCUGUGUAUGUUCAAUUCAGCAAUCAUCGUGAGCUCAAGACCGAUCAAACCCACAACAACGCGGUCAGUAGUCCCACAAACAUCAUCGCCAACUCUCUAAACAACACAGCUGUACAAGCACAAGGACAAGUUGGACAAGUUCAGGGUGGAGAGACACAAGGAGGACCAAAUACUGUUUUGAGGGUUAUCGUUGAACACAUGGUCUAUCAAAUCAACCUAGAUAUCCUCUAUCAGAUUUUCGCACGAUUUGGCAAGGUUCUGAAAAUUGUCACCUUCUCGAAAAAUGGUUCCUUCCAAGCUCUCAUACAAUAUCCGGACAUGCUUUCGGCACAGAAUGCUAAAUUCUCUCUCGAUGGUCAGAACAUCUACAAUUCUUGCUGCACAUUGCGAAUUGACUACAGCAAGAUGCAAAAUCUGAACGUCAAAUUCAAUAAUGACAAAUCUCGAGACUACACAAAUCCGACACUUCCUACUGGUGACCAGAAUCUUGAUGCAGCAACCAGUCUCGCUCUAGGAGGCGAGCUUCUACCUCAGCUACUUCUUGGUGCAGCUGGUACUCAACAACGUGCCAGAAUACCCGGACUACAAUUAUGCAUAGAGUCCCUUGCAGGCGCUCCGAGCGUCCUGGCAUCGCCCUUCGCGGCUAUGCACGGACUUCCAUCGCCGCUAACUGGACCCUACAACGGAGUAGCUCCUGCAGGAGGCCUCGCAGGUCUGGGAGGAUUCACCCUUGGUGCUGGAGCCCUGGGUGUACGCGUUCCCGGCAGCCCUCAGCCGUCCUCGGUUUUGCUUAUCAGCAAUCUCAACGAAGAGAUGGUCACGCCUGACGCUCUCUUUACCCUGUUUGGUGUUUACGGGGAUGUACAGCGUGUGAAGAUCCUUUACAACAAGAAAGAUUCUGCCCUCAUUCAGUUGGCAGAACCUCACCAGGCACAUUUAGCUAUCACUCAUAUGGACAAGCUGAAAGUGUUUGGUAAGCCGAUCAGAGUGAUGCUCAGCAAGCACCAGACAGUUCAACUACCUAGAGAAGGACAACCCGACGCAGGUCUCACCAAGGAUUACACAAACAGUCCUCUCCAUCGAUUCAAGAAACCCGGCUCUAAGAAUUAUCAGAACAUUUACCCACCAAGCGCAACCUUGCAUUUAUCGAACAUUCCAGCGACUGUUUCCGAAGAAGAGAUCAAGGAUGCCUUCACGAAGGGUGGCUUCACAGUAAAGGCUUUCAAGUUCUUCCCCAAGGACAGAAAAAUGGCUCUUAUUCAAAUGUCAAGUAUGGAUGACGCAGUAGCCGCUCUGAUUAAAAUGCACAACCACCAGCUGAGUGAAUCCAACCACCUGAGGGUAUCGUUCUCAAAGAGCAACAUCUAACAAGAGAGACCACCUUGUGAGCCACAGUGGUUUCAGCCCUACGCCCUAUACCACUAUUGGUACCCCAGUGCCGUAUACGACUGAUUGACUGGUUGACCGAUCGAUUGAUCCUACUUGAUUUUCAAAUCACCAUCGUCGCAGUGAGUCCUGGUGCUCGAAAGACAACCAAUGUGCGAUUUCAUCCUAAAAACACUAUCGCGCGAAGAUAAACGCUUCUUCCGAUGAUUUUUGCCGUGUCCUUAUUACGGCACACAAAUGCCAGUCCUAAUUUCUCCGGUCGACCUAGGGCUUCUUCGGGGCUAGGAAUAAAUCGCCGGAGCGUCCUGGAAACAGGACGCUGACGGCUCUGACUCUCAUAAGAAUUCACAAACCCGACCUGCGCAACAGAGCUUCGCUGAACUAUUAAAUGACCCAAAUGGAUUGCUAAACCUAGAUAUUUGAAAUCUGACUUCCUGUUGUCUGACUGUUGACUAAAAAAGAGCAAAAAAGAGAAGAAACCGGUUGUAUGCAGAAGGGCUCUGCUGACAGUCCUGAAUUCUUGUACAGAGUUAACGUAUGAUAAUCCUAAGAUAAAUAUAUUUUACAAGCGUCACGCUGGUCGUUCGCGACGGGAGAAAUGACUCUCGCCGGAUCGACAAACCUACAUUGAUAUAAUGUACGAUUUAAGAAUUUUUAAAGUUAGAUGAAAACAGGCAACUUUACUCAUAGGAUAGAAGAGAACCCGCGACGAAUCGACUGUCGUCGCUCGAGAUGAUAGAUAGUUUCUCGAUUACUCAAUCGAGCGCUGUAUUAUUUUCCGAAUCCGGCCCGCUUCUCGUCUUGGAUUAUCCCCGAUUGUGGGGAUUGGAAGGCGCCGAAACGCGACGGACGAGGAAAACACAAGUAAUUAUUACACUUAAGAGUAAGCCAAUGUCAUGGGACUCUUUGCGAGGUGCUACUGUCAGCUUCGUCGACGAAUCGAUUCUCUCCGUUGCGUUGGUGCAAACAAGCGACGAUAGAAUCGGUCCGCUCAGAGAAUUUCCAAAUUGGUUGCUGAGCGUCGUAGACAGUCUAAACGCCGAGGGAGCCACGAGUCACUGUUCAAGGGCACAGAGCGACUCGGUGGCUUCGAUUGAUUACGAAUCUUUUGUAAAUAACGACUCGCAAAGUCGAAGCAAAGUUCGAUCGCUACGAAACUGUCUAAGUCGCGAGGGUGUUUAUUUUUAUAAUUUUUAUCCUUCGAUUCGACGAUAAGUAUUACAUACACGCACACGUCGCCACGAACAGACUCGACACUCACACAGACACAAAAAGCGCACAGACACAGAGGACACUGGACACGUUUUCAUAGUUAACUAGAGAUUUAGGAAUGCGUAGGACUAACUAUCUUAAGGUAGACUAUAGGAGAGGGAAGGAGGAUUGAACGUUGAACAUAUCUCUAUUGCGAGUUUCUACGUGCGAGCACGCAUAUUUGUUGCGAUUCUUCUUUCGGUAAGAAGGGACCUCUCGAAAAGUCCCUUGCUAUCGGGCGAGAUCUCGCGGGAGUGUCGACAAAGAGAUACGGUACCUAGGAAUCUGUUGUGUUUCAAUGUUCAUAGUGGCCGUGGAGGAUUGUAAAUGAGUUAAUGAUGGUUAAUCGACAGAGCGUGGUGUGCAAGAGACCAAGAUUUAUCGACAAGACUAGAGACAGGUGGAGAAAAAAAAACGGAACGUUUCUCACUCUGUGAUCCAACGGACGAUCCACUUGAAGUUGUUUCGAGUAAGCGUUUGAGCAUUUUGGUCUGAUCGACAUGACGUUCUGUUGGAGUCAAUUAAAUCCUAAUGAUACAUAUUUAGAUGAAGAGAACAGAUUCGAGAGAAUGAUUGAGAAAAUGGAGACGUAUGUCUGAAAGUGAAUGGUAGAUAGAGAAAGAAAGAUAGGGAACAUGUAGUUUGUGAACAAACUAAAAAGCGAGUGCCGGCCCGGCAAUGAUGUUUGUGCCAAAGUAGGCUAGCUCUAAUUCUACGCGUGGAUCAUUCGUGAGGAGUAGGUAUUUCGAAAUCCAGUGAUGAGGCUGAAACCAAAUGAUGGGGAAUUUUCAUUCUUCAAGUUUGGAUGCAGCCUCUCGACCAAUGAGCGCUGGAAAUAAAGGUAGUUGCCGGCAUGAGCGAAGGGGCCAGUCUUUGCAUCUACGAUCUGUGUCUUUCGAAUCUCUGAGAUAUUUGCUAAUGCAGCGACAAUUACACUUACAAAAUGCCUCCUGGCACACCAUUUUUUCUUCAGAGUUACACCACAAUACACAUCAGGAAGUUCUAGUAUUAAUUUCAUUACUGCAAGUAUUUUUUUGUUAAGUCAUUCGCUUUUAUUAUCUCGCAAUAUCAUUAAGAACCGACAACACAGCUUAUCUCUAUUCUACUGUUUUGCCAUUUCCCGCUUUCGUUUAUUCAUUAUUUCUCAUUUACCCAUUAUAAUUUCUAUACAUUUGCAAUUAAAUUCUAGCAUUAAGCCUCGAGUAUUAUACUUAUAACUGUCUAGCGCGCGAACUGACAGCCCUAUCGCUUCAAUACAUUUACACUGGUUAGCUCGUCUUUAUCAAAUCAAGUUUCGGUAGCGAUUCAAUUUUUGUUUUUAAUCUAAUUUCAAAAUCCGUUGCUCUUGCCUGGAGUUCUAAAUAGGGGACAUUUCGUCGACGAGAAUAUACUAAAGUAACCUGAUCGAGAUCCUUCUAGAAAGUUAUCUAGAAUAUUCUAGAAACUUAGCGCGGAUAUUGUCGGUAAGGUAGGAAUCUUGGUCCAGAAUAUAUCAAAACCUUGAAAUUCUCAGUGUAUUCUCGAAUUCGAAAUUAUUCUGCGAUUUUUAAUUCUCCAGAAUUUGAGAUCUAGAUUCUUGCUAGUUCGUCAGUUUCCUUGGCGGGCUUUUAUCAAAUAUGGGAACAGGUGCCAGUCUUCUUUAAGCGAUAAAUAAAAAAAGGCUACUAAUAAAUCCUUAAGAAGUAGAAUCUCGAUCUUGCGAUUAGUCUUGGUCGCAUUUUAAACGAUAUGUGUUCGAGUGACCAGUUUGCAUUUCACUAAAAAAAGAAAAAUCGUCGAUGGGGCAGUGGUCGCGAGCAGAAUCUGUACAGGGUGCUCCGAAUUUCCAUCUUCAUUCUCGGGAAAUGAUGCCGCUACAUUACAUUUAGAAUGCCAACCCUUAUAUUUUUUUACGUUUCCUUGUUUAGACACAAAACACUGACAACUGUCGGAGCAUGCUGUAGACAUUUCGAUCGACUAUCACAUUAGCUGUGUUGAGGGGGGCCGAGGUGAGAGUUGGAAUAGCCAGCACUCGCUACAAGGUGUCAAAGAAAUUCCGGCUUUCGAAUUUUUCUAAAAAAAAAAGAAUCUUCGGUAACAAUUGAAAGCCGAAGUUUUCAAUUUUUUUCGAAAUUCGUAGCCUGGAUUUGGCCAUGUAGUAGACAAUGCUUAGCCUGCAGAGCAUAUAAAUAAAAAAUGAAUAUUUAUAGAUAUAUGAAAAAUGAACUUAUAAAAAUGACUCUUAUGAAAAAAAAACACUUAUGGGAUGUAAUUAUUCUCCUAUAUAUUUGAUAUGUCGCAUUGUAACACGUGUGUCUGAAUUGCGCGACGGCUGCAUCCCGAUGUUCUAUAUUUUAUUAAUAACGAGUAAGUCUAGAAUAAACUAAAGUAACUUUCCGAAUUUACCUUGAUGUUCGUGAAAAGUAAUGUGUAAUAACAAAGUAACAAAUCUGCGACCCACUCAAGCACAAAUCGCGUACAGACGAAACACUUUUGAGCAGUGAAGACACGUGAUACAAUUUACUGACAAGGACAAUUGUGUAUAAAAUGUAAUUCGAUUCGACACAGGGUUUACAAGGAGUGAGUUUCAAUUAAAGGGACUCGGGGGAAUGAGAAGAACUCGAAUUUAGUAGAACUUCAGGAAAUAGUUUAGAGAAAUUGCCGGAUAAUCUCCAUCUCCUUUUCCUCGUCUGAUCUUCUGAUUGAAAUUGCGAAAAUGGAGAGAAAAGAGUCUUAGCUCAGCGAUUCACGGCAAGGAAGAAAAGCUGCUUUGUUAUUGAAAAUCAUUUUCACUUCCACGUUCGCGUCAGUGUUACUGUGUCGAUGUUAUGAAGAGAAAAGGAUAAAGAGACAUAGGUAGUAUUAGGUAAUUUUGGAGAAACAGAUCCAGAAAAAACUGGCUGCGACACCUUAGGUUCCCCGAAUUCUUAGGUAAUGUCGUUAGGUUUAAUUCUAUAACUGAUAGGGGUUUAGAGCGAUAAGCGAGAAAAAGAGAGUAAGAGAUAAGAAUAGCUUAGCGUUUUAGAAACUCCUUUUUACUAAGCUCUGAUUACUACUGAAUGUGCAUAGUCAAAUGACAAUCACUCUUUAUCGACUUUUAUCAGUCGGCUUUUCCAUUUGCUAAAUUUCUUGUCACGUCCUUUUUUUUCUUUUUUUUUCUUUUUGGAAACGCCUUUUUCAAUAUUUUCUUUAUUUCUCCGCCUGGAUCGCCCAUCGUAAUAAGGAAACGUAAAAAAUAAAGAUACCAAUAUUGGGCCAGGAAUUGCGUUGCAAGUCACAAUCAGCUCGGCUCCGGCAAGACAAAUCAUUUUUUACGAAACGAAAAAAAAAAUUGUCAGAGCGAGCGUUUUAAGGGUUAAGCUCUUUAUUAUAGUUAGUUGAUUAGAGAUUAGAGAAGAACCUGAGAAUGAAAACGCGCACGCAAACACUGUCACUGUCACUGUCACUGUCACUGUCACUGUCACUGUCAUGAUGAAUCAGAACAAGAAAAAAUUCCCGCCCGCACGUACAUUCUCAUUAUUAUAAUAUUCUGAGGAAACGAUACGAGGAUCAAAUUGGCGAUUUUAUUCUAAUGAGAUUUAUACCUCCAAGAAACAGAGACACACUUGCAUGAUUCAAUACUUUCAUUAUACAUAAUCAUCAAUCUAUAAAUUUACACAAAAAUUACCUCAAUCUUGACUACAAGCGUUUUCGCAGUCUUUUUGCACAAAAACAGAUUUGGAAGUUCCUUUUUUUGUUAUUGCCUGCUCUGUGUGUUUUUUUGUUUUCAUUAUAUUAUUAUUGUUAAAUGUCUCUCCGAUUUUCUUUUUUUAUUUUACAAAAUUCACGCUCUUCCAAAUCUGUCUUCAACUGCAUUCAUUUAUUUCCUUUCGACGUCUUUGCCGGUAUUUAUUGUGACUGUUACUACCGCUAUUGUUGCUAAUGAAAUAAUUACUAUAUCGACCGCUAUCAUUAUUAUUAUUAUUAUUAUUA